UUACCGCCAUUUACGAUCAUCUAUCAAGUGACCUUAUGUGUGCAUUCUUGUGUUAUUUUUUUCCCUAUAUUCGCCAGAGCCGAAGAAAUAAAAGCAAAACAGAAGUCAUUGUUUCCGGUAGAGAAUGGACACGAGUUGCCUCAGUGUGUGAUAUUUGAGAUAUUAUCUUGGCUCCCAGUGACAGAUUUGUUGCAUUACAAGUGUGUAUGCAAAGCUUGGUAUGCUAUUAUUUUAAGUCGUGCUUUCAUAUCCAAGCAUCUUAAAAACUACGUCUAUAUAAACAACAGUGAUCAACAUCGUCAUUGUCUUCUUACUCAAUAUUACGUUAGUCAUGCCGAACUUCAGUUGUUUGAGUUGUUUUUAGAUGAAAAUGAAACUACACCAAAAGUUUUGGCAUCUGAAGUACUUUAUUUGAUGCCUAUGUAUGGAUCAUAUAUAUGUGGUCCUUGUGAUGGAAUAUACUACCUAUAUCAUUAUGACAAUGAUGAACGUGCUCUGUGGAACCCUGCACUUAAUGAGCUCAAAGUCUUACCUUGUCUAUUAACCAAACCUAAUUUCCCAUCUUACAUUAAACGCGAUGCAGCUUAUGGUUUCGGAUUAGAUCCUGUGACAAAUGAUUUCAAGGCGAUUGUUAUCAAAAGUUUUCCAGAAAAUAUAGUUGAAACUGAUGAGGAUAGUAACAUUAUGCCACAUCCUUUAUCAGUCCUUGUCUACUCAUUGGCGACUGAUUCUUGGAAAUUUUGUGGUGAUUUGGGUCCAAAUAUCAAGCUUAUAUGGAAUACAUGUUAUGUAUAUGUGAAUGGAUGCUACUAUUGGUUGGGAUCAUAUGUCGAUGAGAGUUACAUAAUCAUAUCUUUUGACAUGGCUACUGAUACAUUUCAAGAAUUAUGUGUACCAAACUUUGAACAUCCUGCCUCUGUAAGCCUUGGGAUUUAUGAUGACUCCCUAGCAUUUUUCACAAUUCAUGAUGUAACGAAAACAUUUGAUGUAUGGACUUUAAAUAACGAGGAAAGAUUUUGGACUGCGAAAUUCACUAUCGAAACUCAUAUAGAUGUUCGAAUUGCAAUUGGUCAUUGGAAGCACAAUAAGAUUAUAUUAGAAUGUGCAGAUGGUAAACUUCUGUUAUGUGAUCCUGAAGCAGCAGAACUAAAGGAUCUUUCAUUUGCAAGGCACCAUUGUUGUCGGGGGGUUUACGCUUACAUGGAAAGCCUGGUUUCAAUACGGGGCGAAAACCAGUAGCAGGAUGUUGAUCGUCUGUUUUGCAUUUGAAAUUCAAGACUAUAAAAUAAUUACGAUAUGAUAUUUGUCAAAUUGUCACUUUAGCAUUUGUUAUUUUAUGAUGGUUGAAACUUCUAGAUUUUAGUUUUAUUAUUUAUGAUGCUUCUCAGGACCGGUUAUGGACCUGUGUAAAUAGACCCAUAGUACAGGGAUUCAAAUUUUUUUGGGCCCUGCUAUUGGCUUGUUCAUUAACUCCCUUGUUUUUUCUUUUUCUUUCUUAAUAAAUUUAUUGUACUUUCCUUGUUUUUCAGUUAAGUUUUUCACGCUGCAUAGUUAGAAAUUUUGAUCUUCCAUUAUCCUAAUUACCAUUGCUAUCUUAGAAAUCCAUAAAAUUAAUGGAACUUUUCAUAUUCAUUCUUGAUUAUCUUAUUUUCUAAUUAAUUUUCUCUAAUAAUCAAAGUUUCUAGUUCACCUUCACACCUUCCUCUCUGAAUUAAUAGCCAUUGUAAAUAAAUUUUCCUCAAUCCUUAAGAAGCUACCACUGGGCGCCCAUUUAAGAAUAAAACAACUAACUUGUCACGAAACCCUAAAAACUCUCUCUCUUCUCUCUGCCCCAACCACGAAACUUUUCCCUCCACAAA